UCAAGCCAUUUUUUCCUGUGGAAUGGUUUGCAAGUCAGUAUCACUUCGUAAUCAAGCAGUUUCCCUUCUUUCGAAUUCUGCUGCGCUUAUCUCGCAAGCAAGACAAUUAUAGCGCACGUGCCACCGGUAGUCAAACAGGAGCGGGCCAGAUGACAAAAUUGCGUGUGUCAGCCCCAUUGACAAGUCGUGCGGUCAAUUGAGUCGAUACCGAGCAUGUGAAAACUCGGGGGACAAACAUUUUGCAGACCCGCCUAACGGCGUUCUUAAGACCCUCCGGGGGCAUUGCGUUACUUGUGCGGCGUCCACAAGGCCAUCCGGAGCAUUGCGUUACUUGUACGGCGUCCACAAGACCGUCCAGGAGGGUUGCACUUCUUGAACAUAUAUAAUGUGGACCUCCAUUCUGGCUUAUGUUCUCCACGCUUCCAGUAGUCGGCACCAUGUCUACUCACUUGUCUUGUGUCAAGCAGCACCUAGAAUCAGUUCGGUCACAUACUCAUGGUCAGAAAACUGCGGUCAUCGACGGCCAUAGUGUCGAUGUGCCCGCAGUAGUGGCUGUCUCUCGCCAUGCUCAUGCCCCCCGUAUUGACUGCUCCCCGGAAAAGCAGCAAAAUAUUGCGAAAGCAGUCGCGGUCGUCGCAAAGCUGGCUUCAGGUGAACAAAGCCAGUACGGGAUCACUACCGGCUUCGGAGGGAGCGCGACAACGCGGACCAAGCAAACUGCGCUUCUGCAGAAGGCGCUCAUCGCACUCUGCCAAGCGGGCAUCGUUCCCUCUUUUAAAAACGGACAAGUUCUCACUCCUGAGGAACAGGAUCUAUUGUUCCCUCAGGAUUGGAUCCGUGGUGUGAUGUUCGUUCGACUUAAUUCUCUCAUCCGUGCCCAAUCUGGAACGCGAUGGAUCGUCAUCGAGGGUCUAUACAAAUUACUGCUUCAUGACGUCGCACCUUGUGUUCCGCUCCGUCAAAGUAUAAGUGCAUCUGGAGAUCUAGGUCCUCUUGCGUACAUAUCCGGCGUCUUGACUGGUCAUCCUGACAACUAUGCAUGGUAUGGUCAAGGCGCGGAACGCAGGGUGUACGAUUCUCCCACUAUUCUGCAAAAGAUCGGGUUGCAGCCCAUCGAGUUCAUCGCUAAGGAAGGCCUUUCACUAAUAAACGGCACGGGUGCUUCCAGUGCAGUUGCAUGUUUGGGGAUGCAUGACUGCCAUAUCAUCGGUGUCGCUUCCCAGGUUUUGUCUGCCUUCGCGGUCGAGGUGCUCAAGGGGUUCCAGGAACCAUUCACUCCAUACCUGCACGAAGCUACCCGCCCGCACCCAGGCCAGAUCGAGGCUGCAGCCAACAUCCGUCGUGUUCUCCUGCCAUCCCAACUCGCACGACCUCAUCAUGUCGAAUCUGACCCUGAGGCGACGCUACGACAGGACAGAUAUUGUCUGCGUUCCGUUCCACAGUGGCUCGGGCCGCAGCUUGAGGACCUGCUUGUCGCGCAGAAAAUCCUGGAUGUAGAGCUGAAUUCGACAACAGACAACCCCAUUGUCGACGUGCAGACAGAAUACAUACAUCAUGGUGCGAACUUUAUGGCUAUGGCCGUGACUUCUGCAACAGAGAAAUUGCGAUUAGUAGUGCACCAUAUAGCCAAGUUGAUGUUUGCUCAGCUCACCGAAUUGCUGAACCACUCCACGAACUGUGGGUUGCCUCCCAACCUCGCAGUUGGCGAACCUAGUGUCGACUAUAGUCUGAAGGGGGCGGAUGUUGCUGCCGCUGCCUACCUCUCUGAGAUUGCGUACCUUGCCAAUCCUGUUAGCACGCACGUUGUUUCUGCUGAGAUGCAUAACCAGUCUAUCAACUCUCUCGCUUUGAUAAGCGGACGCUAUACUCUCGAAGCGGUCAAGCUUUGUUUUAUGGCAAGUCUUAUUACGUCCCUACUGAGUUUGAUGUCAACCCACCUCUUCGCUCUCUGCCAGGCAGCUGAUCUCCGGACCAUCGAGGCGACAUUCCGUAGCAAGCUCUUUUCCGUACUUCGCACCGAGACUGCCGUGCACCUCCCCGGCGUACGAUUUGACGACGAUUUCUUCACACGCCUCAACAAUCGUCUGAUCGUGCUCUUGAACGGGUCUACCGAUCAGGAUUCCGCGACUCGUUUCGAGCAUGUAAUGGGUGACCUUGCGUCCACGCUUAUAUCCCUCCUAAAUGAUGAGACCGCCACCGUGGACGUACCUCUCAAAGCCAUCAACCAGUGGCGCAUAUCACUCACCAGGCACUCCCGCCAAAUUUUCGUGGAAACCAGGGCAGGUUAUGCAAAAUCCCCUGAUGCUGGAGGGAAGUUGCUCGGUCGAACAGGGAUGCUUUAUACGUAUGUUCGGGGGGUGUUAGGGGUGAAGAUACAUUGGGGGGACCCGACCGUGGACAAGACAACGAUCGGGUCGGAAAUCGCGAAAAUUUUCCGAGCGUGGAAGUCCGCUGAGAUGGCAGAGUUGAUGGUCAGGAUUUUGGUGGGCUCAGAA